AGGAUAUUGUGCUGGAGAGAGAAUAUGUGCUCGACUCUUUCCAUGAUGCUUAGAUUUCUCGAUGAGAGUUGAAGGGUUAAGAGAGAAUCCACAAAAAUUCAGCGGAAUAAUUUUCACUCUCGGUCGGCCAACUUUUUCAACUUGGCCGUACCAUACUUAACGUCCAAUCAACAACAAUCGAUUUCGAGAAUAACUACCUGACACAAGACAUAUACGAAACCUAAUUGGAUGGAGUCCUUUUCCCUCGCAGCACAGCACGGAGGCGCUAUCGAACAUGUGCAUAUCAUCCGUCUCGAUCCUGCAACUGCGGCUACAGUGCGUGAGAUACGCAUCAUGGUGACGGUUCUUGUUGCGGGCUGGGUUGCCUUUCAGGGGUUGAAGGCCCUUCAAGCCAGCUCAUAUUUUCAAAAGAAAUGAGACAUCGGACUUUCUAGUCCGCUCAUUGAAACCCGGACAUCCCCACCUCUGCGAAGUUUGAACUGCUUCUCGAAGAUCCAUGACGACAUUUAUAUGAAAAAGGCUGGCCGGUGAGGUCUGACAAACGCACUGCAUGUUGGUGGCUACAGUACCUGUCCAGUACCUGUGUACUACUACUGUAUGAGUUUGGGGAGUCUCUACUCACUCUAAAUCAUGGGAAUGGUUACGGUAUGGCUAGAUAGAUUAUGAACCUCAUAGACCACCCAAAAUAACGUCUAGAUGUUUAUAGAUGUUAAUAAACAAC